AAGUCACUCGCGCGCCCCGGCAGAGAGGCGAGCGGGCACGGGUGGAGGGCUGUUGGCGCGUCCGGGACGUGGGAGGGCAACACAGCCCUAGGAGGUGAGGCCUGACGGCGCUGCCUCGCCACGGCAUGGUCCCGACCGCUCCACCGAAAUCAGACCCGGAGUUAAAGCAGGAGCUCUAGGGAGCCUUGUGUGUCUUAAAUGAGAUAAUACAUGUCAAGUGGUUUGAAAACCUUACUGGAUCAGAGAACGCUGUUGUAGCUGUCAUUCCAUCUGGUCUUCAGAAGAAUACCCUAUGGUGGAAUUGAGCUAUUUGCUGAAACUUCUUUCCUUCGUAGUCUAGGGAGAAACUUACAUUUGGAUUUUACUUUACCAUGGCUUUGGUUCACAAGUUUCUGAGUGGCACUUAUAUUUUCAGAAAGUGCCUGAAGCCAACUGUUGCCUCAUGUCCAAUUUUGGGUACUCGCUUUGCAGACUAUUGUUCUAGUAGUCUUCAGAAACCUGUGGCUGCUCCUGGCAAAAACUCCUCUCAAAGGAAUACUGAAGGGGAUUUGCAAGGACAUCACCAGAGAGAAGUUGCUUUGGAUAUAACUUCUCCAGGGGAGAAGCCUGAAUUUAGUUUUGAUAAAGCAAUUAAAGAUGAAAUAAAGGACCAUUGUAGGCGUUUAAAGGAUGAUAUUGUGAAUUAUUGGAGAGGCCCUGAAGGCCGCCCUCUGCAUGAGGUCUUGAUGGAACAAGCCAAGGUCGUCUGGCAAUUCCGUGGAAAAGAAGACUUAGAUAAGUGGAUAGUGACUUCUGAUAAGACGAUAGGAGGCAGAAGUGAAGUGUUCCUGAAGAUGGGCAAGAAUAAUCAGAGUGCACUGCUGUAUGGAACUCUGAGCUCUGAAGCGCCUAAGGAUGGGGAAAGUGGUCGCAGUGGGUACUGUGCAAUGAUAUCCAGGAUUCCAAGGGGCCCUUUCGAGAGGAAGAGGUCUUAUGAUUGGUCCCAGUUCAACACUCUAUAUCUCCGUGUACGUGGAGAUGGUCGGCCUUGGAUGGUGAAUAUCAGAGAGGACACGGAUUUAAUCCAGAGGAAGAAUCAGAUGUACAGUUACUUCAUGUUCACUCGUGGGGGGCCCUACUGGCAGGAGGUCAAGAUUCCUUUCUCCAAAUUUUUCUUCUCUAAUCAAGGAAGAAUCCGGGAUGCCCAGUACCAGCUUCUGCUUGACAAGAUCUCUUCUGUUGGAUUCACCCUGGCUGAUAAAGUAGAUGGUCCAUUCUUCCUGGAAAUCGAUUUUAUUGGAGUUUUUACUGAUCCAGCCCACACAGAAGAAUUCGCCUAUGAAAAUUCUCCAGAGCUUAACCCAAGACUUUUUAAGUAGUAGAAAUGAUAUGGUAAUUUUGUACUACCAAACGAAGUAUUAUCCAUGAUGACAUAGACAAAAUAAUUUUUCUUUAGCGGCUUCCCACUAAUGGCUGGUAUGUGUUCCCUGAGACAAAGCUAAAUCCUGUGGCCAAGAAAAGCCCGAUAGAGGGAGACAGAGCAUGCAAUCAGGUUCUAAGCUAUACUUCAGCUUAAAGAAUACAAGUCCUGAUGUAAAGAACUUAACUGUUUUGGGUUAGAAUGAUUCCUGUUAGGAACUAUUCCUGCACAAGUUGUUAUAGCUUUCUUGUGUUUUCUAACCCUUCACUUGAGGAAAGGAGACUGCUAAAGAUUGCUAUACGCUUCACUGAUUUUUAGUAUAUUCACAGAAUUGUCAAUCCAUAGUAUAAGUUAAUUUUAGAAAAUUCUAUGGAGCCUAAAAAGAAACCUUAAUUGAGUGCUCUAGCCAGGCACUCCAUCUCCCAUAUCAGGUAUCUACAGAUCUACUUUCUCCAUAGGUUUAUCUUCUCUGGAUAUAUCCUACAAGUAGAAUCCGAUAGUAAUGUGAACUUUCAUGUCUGGCAGCUUUUCACUUAGCAUAAUGUCUUUGAGAUUCACCCAUGUUGUAUCAUGUUAUGAUGUACUAAAAAGGAAUGAAGUACUAAUAACUUUUAAUCUGUUCAUUAACGGACAGCUAGAUUUUCUCUUUUUGGCUACAAUGAAAAAUACUGCUGUAAAUGGUAUUUACA